CAGCGGCGGGACCCACUACUAUGGCCGUCUACUGCUAUGCGCUCAACAGCCUGCUGAUGAUGAAGAGUAGCAGCAACAGGGGCAACAGCCACGGCGGCAACAGCCCGCCGCCCCCCGGGGGCCCCCCGGCCCCGGGGCCCGCGCCAAGACCCCCGCCCGGACGCGCCGCCGGACCCGGGACCGGGACCGGGACCGGCCGGGAGAAGGGCGGCCGGGAGGAGGAGGAGGAGAGGGACAAUCGGGAGGGCGGCCGGGAGUUGGAGGAGGACAGCCGGGAGGAGGAGAGGGACAAGCGGGAGGGCGGCCGGGAGUUGGAGGAAGACAGCCAGGAGGGCGGCCGGGAGGAGGUGGAGGACAGCCGGGAGAAGGGCCUCCGGGAGGAGGAGGGGGACAGCCGGGAGGGCGGUCGGCAGGAGGAGGGGGACAGCUGGGAGGGCGGCCGGCAGGAGGAGGCCCGGGAGGAGCAGAGGGACAAGCGGGAGGGCGGCCGGGAGUUGGAGGAGGACAGCCGGGAGAAGGGCGGCCGGGAGGAGGUGGAGGACAGCCGGGAGGAGGAGGGGGACAGUCGGGAGGGCGGCCGGGAGUUGGAGGAGGGCGGCCGGGAGUUGGAGGGGGACAGCCGGGAGGAGGAGGACAGCCGGGAAGCGGAGGGGGACAACAGCCAGGAGGGCGGCCGGGAGGAGGUGGAGGACAGCCGGGAGAAGGGCCGCCGGGAGGAGGAGGGGGACAGCCGGGAGGGCGGUCGGCAGGAGGAGGGGGACAGCUGGGAGGGCGGCCGGCAGGAGGAGGGCCGGGAGGAGCAGAGGGACAAGCGGGAGCGCGGCCGGGAGUUGGAGGAGGACAGCCGGGAGAAGGGCGGCCGGGAGGAGGUGGAGGACAGCCCGGAGAAGGGCCGCCGGGAGGAGGAGGGGGACAGUCGGGAGGGCGGCCGGGAGUUGGAGGAGGGCGGCCGGGAGUUGGAGGGGGACAGCCGGGAGGAGGAGGACAGCCGGGAAGCGGAGGGGGACAGUCAGGAGGGCGGCUGGGAGGAGGAGGAGGGCCGGGAGUUGGAGGAGGACAGCCGGGAGAAGGGCCGCCGGGAGGAGGUGGGGGACAGUCGGGAGAAGGGCUACCGGGAGGAGGAGGGGGACAGCCGGGAGGAGGAGGGGGACCGUCAGGUGAAGCAGAAGGUGGGCGUGGUGGAGGCAACCAUCCCGGACCUCCGCCAGGCCCAAAGCGGCGGCGGCAGCAGCGGCAGCGGCAGCGGCGGCCAGCCCCCGGGGAGGGGCCCCGAGGACACCGGGAGGGGCCCCGAGGACACCGGGAGGACCAAGUCCUGCGGCCACCAGGGCCAGCCGGGCCCGAGGGGGCCGGGCGGCGACCCCCGCCCCCGGGAGCCGGCCGGGCCCGACGGCCGGCCGGGCGGGGACCCGGGAGCCCGCGCAGCGCUUUGCUCAGCGCUUUGCUCAGCGCUUUGCGCAGCGCCCGACCCCCAGCCGCGCGGGCUCCAGGCCGGGGGGCCGGAGGGGAGGCCGGAGAGGAGGCGGCCAGCCGCAGCCGUGCCUCCGCCAAGCUCCGCGCCCUCCCGGGCCGGGAGGGGGCCUGGCUCCCCCCCAGCCCCCGGCCCGGCCCCCUCCGAGAGGUCUGCCCGGGGGACCCCGGCCCCCGGCCCCGACCGGACGGAGAAGCGGCCCGGAGCGCCCCCGGGGAAGGAGGAGACCCCCCCGGGGGGACCGUCCGACCCGCUGCCCCCCAGGGAGGUGGCACAGAAACAGGGGAGACACCAGGGCCCUCCCGGUAACAACCGGGGCCAGCUCAGGAGUGGACUGACUUUGCCCAACUCCACGGAGAAGCCCGGCACGGCUCGGACAUCAGCUGGGCCAGGGAUGCUCUCAGAUGGGCCGCGGCGGCGGCGGCAACAGGAUGACGGUCGGGGCGAAGAGCAGGGGUUUGACCCCCCACGGUCUCCCGAGUGGGAGAGGAGGCCCUUCCCCAGGGAAGGCUGCUGCCCCGGCAACAUCCCGGCCGUCAUCAUCACCGACAUGGGAGCCCAGGAGGACGGGGGCCUCGAAGAGGCCCAGGGGAGCCCCCGAGGGAAAGUGCCCCCAAGGAAACUGUCCUCUUCCUCCGCCUCCUCCACGGGCUUCUCCUCCUCCUACGACGAUUCCGAAGAGGACAUCUCCAGCGAUCCGGAGCGUUCCUCGGACCAGAACUCGGCCUUCCUGCACACCCUUGACCAGCAGAAACCUCGAGUGAGCAAAUCAUGGAGGAAGAUCAAGAACAUGGUGCACUGGUCUCCCUUUGUUAUGUCCUUCAAGAAAAAGUAUCCCUGGAUCCAGCUUGCUGGACAUGCAGGGAGUUUCAAGGCGGCUGCCAACGGGAGGAUCCUGAAGAAGCACUGUGAGUCGGAGCAGCGCUGCUUGGAUCGGCUGAUGACGGACAUCCUGAAACCCUUCGUGCCGGCCUAUCACGGGGACGUGAUGAAGGAUGGGGAGCGCUACAAUCAGAUGGAAGACCUGCUGGCUGACUUUGACUCUCCCUGUGUGAUGGACUGCAAGAUGGGGGUCAGGACCUAUCUGGAAGAGGAGCUCACCAAGGCCAGGAAGAAGCCCAGCCUGAGGAAGGACAUGUACCAGAAGAUGAUUGAGGUGGAUCCGGAGGCCCCGACCGAGGAGGAAAAUGCCCAGAGGGCUGUGACCAAGCCACGCUACAUGCAGUGGAGGGAGACCAUCAGCUCCACGGCCACCCUGGGCUUCAGGAUCGAGGGCAUUAAGAAAGAAGAUGGCUCCGUGAACCGGGAUUUCAAGAAAACCAGAACAAAGGAACAAGUCACAGAGGCCUUCAGAGAGUUCACUAAAGGGAACCAUAACAUCCUGGUCUGCUAUCGGGACCGUCUGAAGGAUAUCCGAGCCACCCUGGAGAUCUCCCCGUUCUUCAAGUGCCAUGAGGUAAUCGGGAGCUCACUGCUCUUCAUCCAUGACAAACAGGAGCAAGCCAAGGUCUGGAUGAUUGACUUUGGGAAAACCACACCCCUUCCCGAGGGCCAGACCCUGCAGCACAACGUGGCCUGGCAGGAAGGAAACCGAGAGGACGGCUACCUCUCAGGACUGGACAACCUCAUUGACAUCCUAACAGACAUGUCCCAGGGCGAGGCCCUGCCCUGAGAUCAGCUCGCCCCCACCGCCCCCCACUCCUCUCGUUCCUUGCUCCCCCCAUUUUUCCUCCACCCCUAUAACCCAGAUUCUUGCCCCCGAACUGACUCUUCCAAACUGCACUACAAGACACUUUCUCCUGGAGGAGGAAGAGGAGGAAGAGGUGGGGCAGGGAGGGCCUUCCAAAUGCUCUUUCCCUAAGUUGUCGGCUUGGGGAUGGGCUGUUCUUUUUCCGGGAGAAGGCCGCUUGUCAGCUGGCGGGGUUGAUGGGCUGGGUUUCACCCGGAGAAGAGGGGUGGUCGGUCUGGGUGGAGAAAGACGACCAUCACAAUCAAUCCAUCAGUGGUAUUUAUUGAGCGCUUACUGUGUGCAGAAGCACUGUAAUAAGCACUUGGGGGAAGGUAGACAUGACACCUGCCCUCGAGUAGGUUACAGUCUAGCCAGGAGGAGCCCGUGGGAGCCAUGGAGCAGGGUUUUUCCCUACUUCUCCUCCUCUCAUCCUCUGUGCCCAUGCCGGUCCUUCAUUUUGGUAUCUUGUGGAGCAAAUGCUUUGUGCAGGACGUUGGGCACAGGCCCCAUCACCCAUCCAGCCUUGGUGGGGCACGACUGAGUGGGGGGCUGCCGCCACCUAGUGGCCGGCGAACAGUCCUGCCGCUUUUUUCCCCAACAGGCCCCUGGUGAACUGGGCUUGCAGUGCUGGCUUCAUUGCCUUGUACGAAGCCGCCCCUGUGGUUACAGCCUCACCAGGGCUUCUCCUUUCCAGGUGCCUACAGCCCACACCGGGUGGAGGGAUGGCAAAGUGACUUCACGUUCGUGAAAGGGAGCCGAUAGUAAGGAAUUAGAAAAGUGGGGUGAAGAGCCUGUUGGUCAACUGUUGGGGCCUUUCCUGGCCCAGCCCCAGGGUGCGGACAGGUGAGCAGGGCCCCUUGAUCCUCCCCAGGUCGGAAGAGCCCAAGGAGACUGAGGUGGAAAGGGGCCACAUUUGAUCUCUUGGUCACCCCCAAGUCUACGCUGGUUUUCAUCUCUACUUCAUCCCAAGGAGCUGAGAAAGAGCAGGGUGGGCCCUGGGGGCCACGAACAGCCUCAUCCACUAUGGGCUGGACCCCUGGACCAGCACUGAGCCAACUGGAGGCAAGGGGGGCCGGGGAGCAGGCCCAGCCUGAGCCCAAGCCCUUCAGGCUCUUUCCCACCCCAGUUCUGUGUCUGUGCCCCGUCUCCCCCCGCAUACCCGGAGAAUGGAGGACAAGAGCUCAGAGAAACAUUCAUGGGAUCUUGGUCACUUGAUUUUCCUUCCCUCCCUCAGCUGCACCAGCUGGUCAGGCUGAUCCUUGGCAUGAAGCCACGUGCUUCCCCGAGGCACUAGCCAAAGACCCCAAGCUUCGGGGGAGGGGCUUCUCACUGGGUGAGGGUGAAUGGAGUCAUGGAAACACCAACCCUGCACCCAUGCUUUCUCCUUUUCUGCCUCCUUGGCUCCCUCCCUCUUCCCUCUUUGAUCCUUUGAUCAAAGGAUCUCUUUAAUCAAAAGAACUCUUCCCCCGCUGGAGGCCAUGGAGUGUGUUUCCCGUGGGGCAUGGCGCCUCUUACAUGCAUUAAAUGCACCUGUCUGAGCCUUAAAAGCCCACAAGUAGCCGCUGGCCUGGUGGCUUCGCAGGGCCCGGGACUCAAACUGGGCUGGGACCUUGUUGUAGCUGGAGUGAAUAGUUCCCUGGGGGGAAGCGGGUAGAGGGUGGCAGAUGUGGGUGCAGUUUAAAGAAAACAUUUUUAAAAGCAACUGAGACUUAUGGGCUAGCAAGUAAAGGCUCUUAGGCCGAGAGCCCAAGGGCAGGCCGGGUGUGACUCCUACGACACAAAAGCCUCACCAGCUGCAGGGAAUAACCAGGCUGGAGCCUGUUGGGGCUCUGAUGAGAGUUUAAAUCACUGACCAUCUGCUCCACCUGGUUUGCUAGUCUCAUCCCUCUUCCUGCCCCUCUCCUGAUUCACCUGUAGCCCUUCCAGUCUAGGCCUCCACAGGUUCCAAGGUGACAUGUGGUCCCAGGCAAAGCAAUAGGUGCAGCCCUCCUCCACCUCUUCGCUGAGAUUUGGACUGCUGCUGGCAGAACAUCAUCAGCAAUGUUUCUCUCUUCUGUCGUUUCUCCUCUCAGUGAGGCUCCAGCCCCUCCAGGCCACUUGGCCUUCCCCUCCUUUCUCAAGUUUUCUCACCAGCACACUUCCGGGGGUUUAUAUAAGAUUCAGUACUAAUUCAUCUGCACUGUUUAGCUUUGGUCCAAGUGUUUCCUAAGCUGCUUAGGUGAACUUGCCUCUGUGCCAUUAGUGUCAUGGAAAAAAAUUAAGUUAUAUUUAUUUGUGGGGUUUUUUUAAUUGCACAAAAACACUAAGACUAAAUGCAUGCAUUUUUUUUUAAAGCUUUUAGCUUUCCAAACAUCCUUUCCUUCCCCUGAAGUAAAGACCCAGAAGCAGGCCUUGUCCAUUUGUGUUAGGGUUUUUUUUAGCGCUGUAUUUAGCUUUUAAGUUUCUCUAGACACGGUUAGUCCAAGUGUGUAUAUAAGUCAGUUUCCCCACUUUAAGGAUUAAGAGAAACAGGAUUCCUUUUGCCAACAUAUGUGCCUUUCCCUAGAGGAGGGAACCACAGGGGCCUCCCUACCCUGGGUUGUUUGAGAAAAUCAAACAUUACAAAGCACCAAUGCAUAGUGCCUGUAAGACAAAGUGAUAUCCUGUAAUUUCCCAAAUAAAAGUGUAUGGAAAUCA